AUGCGAGGGCGCGGGGGUGAGGGGAGGUGCGCAAUAGUACUGCGGCCCUUGCGCCUGCUCCAGUUCCUGCAGUUGGUGCUGGAGCUGCUGUUGGGCUUCAGGCAGCUUGGCGAAGGAGGAGUCUUGCGAAGAGGAAGAAGUGAUGUGGGUGGGGGUGGUAGAGUUGCUGUUGUUGGAGAGGUAGUUGAGGAAGAAAGGGCGAUUGCGAUUGUGGAUGUGGAUGUGGAUGAGGAACAAUUAGGGUUUCCAAGUCAUGAAGGAGUGGCGAAAAAUGAGUCGACCCCAGAGCGCGGACGACGGAGGGCGUGCGACGGGUCAAAGCAGAAGGUUCAAGGGGAGGAGAGACGGGAGGCGGGACUUGUUGGGAAGGGGGACAAGAAACAGAUUGUUUUGGCGGACCGUCCAGAUGAAACCGUGGCAGUGUUGGAUGCGAAUUGUCGUUGUGGAAGAGGGAGUGUCGUCUUUUGUUGUUGCCGCGAGAAUGUGGUAAUGGUUAUAUAG